UCUAUUCUCUCUCUCUCUCUCUCUCUCUCUCUAUCUCUAAAUCCUCCCAUAUAUAUAGAGAGAGAUAAUAGUCCCACAAGCAUAUAUAGCAAAACAAGGCAAACAUUAGAGAAAGAAAAGUAGGUAAAAACAAAGCGCAACAGAGAGAGAGAGAGAGAGAGAUGAGAAGAAUGGUAAGGAUGGUGGUGUUGAUGUUGGUGGUGGUGGUGGCCUCUCAACAGACAUAAUUUCCAUCUCAUAUUCAUUUUGAUUCCCAACUCUCUCUCUCUCUCUCUCUGUGUAUCUUUCCCAAGUUUUUUUUUUUUUUUUUUCUUUUUUCAAAAAUUUUCUCAUUGAAGAGUCCGCCUUGUCUUUGGGGGAAGCAUCUUCCUUCUCUUUCAUGCUUCUUAUGUGCUAGCGUUUAUUGCUUGUCCCUUCACAUUGCUCCCAUACCACCCUCCCUUAAUAUCCACCUCCUCAUAUAUCCCUUGCCUUGCCUUCAUCUUAUUCAUACAUAUCCCAUCCCUUCUCCUCCCCCAAUUGGCUCUUCACCUUCUCUUCAUUCAAUUAUCAUCUCUUCUACAUUAACCUCUAAUGGCCGUCCAGGCUCAAUACCCUUCUAAUAUCCUCCUCCUAAACAGAAACGGACAAGAAGGUCAUGACUAUUCAUUACAACCACAACUAGGAGGAUUCCUUGAUCAAUCACACAUGUUACUGAUCAAUAAUGGAGUUGGGACUGGUAAUAAUCCGCGCAAGAGAGCAAGAGAAGUUGUACAAACUACUGGGGUAUCUUCAUCAGCUCCAAUCAAUCCAAUGUUCUCUUUGCAAUCUCAGCCUUCUCAGCUUAUAGACCUCUCUCAGCUCCACAACAACAACAACACCCACCAGCCCAAUGUGGUCUCCACCGGCCUCCGCUUGUCCUUCGGAGACCAACAACAACAGCAGCAACACCAACAACAGAGACAGCAAUUACAACACCAGCAACAGCAAAAUGUUUGCCACUCAUCAUCUCCUUUCCUAUCUCUGAUCGCAGAAGAUUUUGCAACCCAAAUCAGAUAUCAGCGGGACGAAAUCGAGCAAUUCCUUGAAGCCCAGGGAGAGCAACUGCGGCGCACAUUAGCAGAGAAAAGGCAGAGGCACUAUCGUACCCUGCUGAGCGCAGCGGAGGGGUCGGUGGCCCGGAGGUUGCGAGAGAAGGAGGUCGAGGUGGAGAAGGCCACGCGCAGGAACGCCGAGUUGGAGGCACGUGCGGCGCAACUUAGCGUGGAGGCGCAGGUUUGGCAGGCCAAGGCCCGUGCCCAGGAGGCAACGGCGGCGUCUCUGCAGGCCCAGCUCCAGAAGGCUAUAAUGACCACCGGAGGAGGAGCACAUGAUAGCAGGAUGAUGGAGGAUCCACAAGGGAGCGCCGCGGGGGGUGUAGAGGGGCACCAGGUGGAGGACGCCGAGUCGGCGUAUAUAGACCCGGAACGAGUGGUUGUAUCGGGGCCGAGAUGCAAAGCGUGUCGGAAACGUGUGGCGUCGGUGGUACUGUUGCCUUGUCGGCAUUUGUGCAUCUGUUCGGAGUGUGACCAAGUGGCUCAAGCAUGCCCUCUUUGUCUUAGCCUGAGAAGUUCAAGCAUUGAAGUUUACCUCUCUUAAUGGGCCCAAGCCCAUUUGUCAAUAUAGCCCGGGCCCAACCAGAUGAGUGCCAGCUUUUUCUUCUUUUAUUUUUCAAAACAAAGAAAAAAAUUAAAUAAUAUUGAGCAUAAUAAGAAUUACCAACUACUCUUGUUUUUUUUUUUUUUUUUUUUUUUUCCUUUUUUUUGGUUCCCCUCCCACCUAUUGGAGUGGAAAAUACCUAAUGUAAAUGGGCCACAUGGGUAGUGGCAUUGCUUUUUGCAUUUUUUUUUUAUCCUUUGAAUUUAAUUCAAACUAUAAAUUCUUU